GAUAAAGGCCCAGGCCCACAGAUCAUCUCUCUUGUUUCCUACAGUUUCUCACUAAUCAAGUUCUUCGCUGGAAGCAGAAAAGUGAUGAACAAAAGGCAUGAGUUACAGAAGGGAUAUUCGCAAUUCAAAAUCGGCUCUCUUUGAUGAGGGUCUCGAAGAGGGCGGUCUCAGGGCCUCUUCUUCAUAUUCCCAUAGUCAUACUAUUAACCAACAUCAUAACGACGAAGCCGUGGACAGUUUGCAAGACAGAGUCAGUUUCCUCAAGAAAUUAACAGGUGACAUUCAUGAGGAAGUUGAGAGCCAUAAUCGUUUGCUCGAUCGGAUGGGCAACAAGAUGGACGUAUCUAGGGGUGUAUUGUCAGGAACCAUGGAUCGAUUCAAAAUGGUAUUUGAGAAGAAAUCAGGUCGGAGAACAUGUGUACUAGCAGGGUUUUUUAUUGCCUCAUUUUUAGUGAUAUACUAUCUUAUAAGGCGAUGGCCGAUGAGCAAUUUGUAAAGAUCAUUUCAUGGAUGUAUGGCUCGAAAAGAAAAUUGAUGUUUGGAGGUUGAAUUUGCAGGAUUCUCAGAUACGCCCAAGCUUAAGGUAAAUUUUCGGGACCACACCCGUUAUAAUCUUCAAUUAUGUGAUGGAAGUUGUGGCAUAGUAGACAAAAUGCUACAAGGAUGCUCUGCAGAUAUUCUGAUCUUGCUGUUGAGAAUUAGGAACUCAUCCAAACACAAAGGCUCAUGAAUGGUGUUUUAGUACACAAUAGUUGAUUAUACAUGAGUACACUAAGCACCUUGUAGACUAAUAUGUGAAGGCGCUUAUUUGCCCAUGUAGUGUUUUUUUAACUACAUUGUUAUUGUGAGGGUAUGUAAACAAAAGCAGGAAUUAUGAAUACAUAACGGCAUUGAGUAGAAUUGAAGUUGUGGAAAAAUCGGUUUUUACUUUCA